UUAUCUAUGAUAUGCUUAUCAUACUAACAAAAAUAUAAUAUGUGAAUCUGAGAGGGAAGAAGAAAAGGGAGGGCCUUCACUGUCCUACAUCAUCGUUUGCAAAAGAGAAGAGGCAGUCUCAACUUUACCCUUUGACUUUUGACCUUUUAGAAACACAUUGGCUUGUUUGUUUGUUGAGUUGGGGCAAAAACCUAGGACUAGGAAUGUGUCGAAUCACUCACACUGACUGCUGUCGUACCAUCAUCGUCAUCACCUGCUUGCUUACCUUACUAUAGUGCCAGAGAGAACGUGUUGACCCUAGGCCUACUGACUUACCUUGGUGUAAAUCACGCUGUCCCUUGCAGUUGCAGUGAAAACGUCACAGUUGACUACCUUUGAGGCAGAAUGACACUUCAAGCAAUUAAAUACCACAGAGGUCAAUUAGACAUCUUGGACCAGCUUCUUCUGCCUGACGCAACUCACUAUCUGGAGAUUGCUGACACUGAUGCAGCAUGGAAGGCCAUCAAAAAAAUGCAGGUUCGUGGUGCCCCUGCAAUUGCCAUUGUUGGCUGCUUGAGCUUGACUGUGGAGUUGAAUCAGAAGAAGUUUGCGACUCUGCAAGAACUGAAGCAGUAUGUGGAGGAGAAGCUGGAGUACUUGGUGUCUGCGAGGCCCACAGCUGUAAACAUGGCAGAUGCUUCAGCCAAAGGCAAACAAAUGGUCAGAAAAAUUGCAAAUGCUGGAGAGCUGGAGCCCGAGGAAGCAAAACUAAAAGUCAUUAAAGAAUUUGAAGGCAUGCUGCAAAAAGAUAUUGAUGUCAACAAAAACAUUGGGCGGUUCGGAGCAGAGCACAUCCUGUUCCACAAUGAGGAAAAACCUGUCAACAUCCUGACCCACUGCAAUACAGGAUCCCUUGCCACAGCUGGCUACGGCACUGCUCUCGGUGUGAUUCGCUGUCUUCAGGAGCACAAGAAGCUGAGCCAUGUGUACUGCACAGAGACGAGGCCGUACAACCAGGGCGCCCGACUCACUGCGUACGAGCUGGUUCACGAAAAGAUGGACGCUUCUCUCAUCUGUGACAGUACGGCGGCUGCCUGCAUGAAAGAACACAAAGUCCACGCUGUGGUCGUUGGUGCUGACAGAGUAGUAGCCAAUGGAGACACUGCCAACAAAAUUGGCACCUAUCAAAUAGCAAUUGUUGCCAAGCACCACAAUGUUCCUUUCUAUGUCGCUUGUCCGAAAACAACCUUUGACCCCAGUAUUGAAUCCGGGAAGGAUAUCCACAUAGAAGUGCGCCCUAACCACGAGAUGAAGUCGGUGAAAGGUGUGAAAAUUGCACCGGAUGAUAUUAACUGCUGGAACCCAGCUUUUGAUGUCACUCCAGCAUCCCUCAUCACAGGGGGAAUAAUCACUGAGUUUGGAGUCUUCAAGCCAGAGGAGCUGAAGCAGCGAAUUUCAGAACUUGACCAGGACAAAGUGGACGUGUUUUACUGACCUCCGUACGAAUAAGCUCCCUGUUGUUU